GCUGACGGACAGUGUAAGGCGGAGGACGCGGUUGCUUUCCAGCUGCUCGCAUCGAAUGUGUCGAGCAUCACGACGACGAUCAACGGGAUUGGGCUCAUUGUCGCCAAGGCAAGCGUGAGCGAUGCCAUCGACGGGCGCACCCCACUGCCAGAUGCCAGCGCUUCGACUAGCACGCAGGUAGAGGGCGCGAUCAGCAUCUCCCUGAAGUCUGUCGAGGACGGGUCGACCCUGUCAGUGACGGACCUCUCAGACACGAUCGUCAUCGACCUGCCGAUCGUAAGCGACGGCCUCGAUUGCGCCUAUUUCGGCGAAGCCGUCUUGGAAUGGAGCUUCGAGGGCAUGGCAACUACGCGCAGCGCUGACGGCACGCUGCGGUGCGCGACCACGCACCUCACAGUUUUCGGGGCCAUGCCGAAGGGCAUCCUGAGUUCGCUUGAGCGCAGCCAGGCCAGCCUGCUGUCAGCCGAGCCCUACGAGGAGCUGUGCAUGAGCGACUGGUCGGACUCCGCGGGCACCUUGGUGCUGCGCGGCGUGGUGUCGUUGUACCUCGCCAUGAUGUUGACCGCGCGCGCGUGCGACGUCAGGGACGAGCGGGCGGGCCGCUGGGGCACGAAGGAAUUCGUCGUUCCCGAGCUCGCGCAGGAACCCGUCGCCUGCCAGACGACGCGGGCGGACGGAUACUACGCCGAGACGGGCGCGCCCCCGGUGGCCCUGCUCGGCGCCGAGCGCGCAAACGUCACCAAGGUUCCGCGCAAACAUUUCCGCUUGGAAGGUUCGAGCUGCAGCGCCGCGGGGACCGAGGGCCGCGCCGCGGUAGGCGCGCCUCGGGCGGCUCCGCCCGGCGCCGAUCACGCGCUCGGCACGGCGGCGUUGCGCUGGCAGUUCUGCAAGAAAUGGUCAGACGGCAGCGUCGCGAGCAGUCGAGGCCACGCGGUGGCCGCUCUAUCGUCAGGGACCAGCUACACAACCGCCGUGGGGUCGUUGCAGUCUGCCCGCCAGGCGGCCCAGCAGGACACGAAGGCGUCUUGCGAGGAGCUGUUGCAGGGCGCGCCCCUGGAAGUCGUCAGCAUCGCCACCAAGUGCGUCGAAG